CGAGGAUUCCGGGGUGGUAGACGAGAUUCGGAAACUGGGGUCGGUUAAAAAUGUGAGCUUGGACGUGAGCUGCAAGAGGGGUUGAUGACGAAGGAUCAUAGACUCGACAAGAAGGAUUACUUGGAUAAAAUUGAGCUUAGUUAUGGCUGCGUAAGGCCAGGCCUGGUUGGAUAUGGACGGGGCAUUAUGGGAUCAAAACGUCAUUCCUGAACCUGAGAGAAAAAGUAUCUUAAACCCAGCAAGCAUGAAACAAGCAUUGGUUGAGGGUGCUGGGCCUAACAUGUAUGAGCAGGGUGCUGGCAGAGUUGAUAUGUAGUACUUCAAUAGCCUUCUAUUUAGCUGAUUGGUUUUAUAUUCUGUUAUACUCAUAUAGCCGAGACUCAUGAUCCCUGACUUCAUUGCUCGUGCUUGUGAAGUUGUAAAGCUAAUGUCUAGGACAAAAUUUGAAGAUGGUAAGUUUGAGAAGAGUUCACAUAUGCCUGACAAUGUACAAAAAAAGGCUUCUAGAAGUACCUCUUGUGCUUCCUUGUGGAUAUGCUUCAACAUUUGCAGUAUUUAUGGGGGCUUGUAGAGGUAAACUUGUGUUCUCAUAACAUGCAACUUUGGGAAGUUAAAUCCAAAGAGAGAGUUUUGGUUGCGUAGGUCCCUUAUUACAAGAUAUCCUAUGCCUUUUCUGUUGUUUACAUUAAUGUUGUAAUCACACGAAGGCUACAUCUCCUCUUACAUGGUUACUAUGUCAUCUACAUCUCAACCUUCUAAUCGAAUCAUAGCCAUAAUCCACAGGCCAUAAAUAUCAAUCUAAUUUUCCCUACCAAAUCACUUCCAACACACAAUGGCUGCAGUGUUCUUGGUUUUGGCUUUAGCUAGUCUUACCAACCCUCUAGCCAUAAUCAAUGCCCAAACACCAACAGGUACAGGUUACCCCUCCAAAUUUCAACCUUCAACAUUGCCAAACACAACUCCAUCUGCACCAUCAGUAGCCAAACAACAAGAAGCAUCUUCUCCCACUUCAACUAGCAAGCCAACACCAGCAACCACAUCUUCACCCUCCAAAUUGCCAAAUGCAGCUUCCCCCGUUUCUGCUACAAAGCCUCCCAUUGUCAUAGCAACCCCUCUUCCCUCAAGGAAACCACCAGUAGCAAGCUCUCCCACUUCUAGUAAAUCACCAGUUCCCAAGGUUUCGUCUCCAACAUCAUCUGCACCGGUUAAAUCACCACUUCCUAAGGUUUCAUCUCCAAAAUCAUCUGUUCCUGUGAGAUCACCAGUUCCCAAAGCUACAUCUCCAACUUCUGCUCCUGUGAAAUCACCACUUCCAAAAGCUACAUCUCCAUCGUCUGCUCCUGUGAAAUUACCAGAUCCCAAGCCUUUACCACCAAUAUCCUCUCCAGUGAAGCCACCAGUUCCCAAAACAACACCUCCAAAGAUAGCUCCCUUGAAACCACCCGUUCCAAAAACAACACCCCCAAAAAUAGCACCAGUGAAACCACCUGUUCCAAAGAUUACACCAGCAUCAAGUCCGAAACCCUCAUCCCCCAAAAUCCCACCACCAAAACCGCCCAAAAAAGCCCCUAUUUUGCCACCACCACUGCCAUUACUGCCUACCCCAAAAGUAUCCCCAACUCCGGCUGAAGCACCAACAGAAAAGGCACCAGCACCUGCACACAAAAAGAAAGCGCCAAAACCAUCACCAGUUCCUUCACCACUAAGUAACACUCCAACACCUGCACCAACGCCUUCGAUUGAAACACCAACCCCAGCAGCAGCACCCCAAGAUGACAUCCCAGAACCUCCUCCUCACAGGCACAGCAGAAGAAGACACAAACACAAGACACAUCACUCGCAAUCUCUGGCUCCAGCACCAACCAUUAUUCGGAGGAGUCCCCCAGCACCACUUGUUCAAGAUAUUACCACAACCCAGCCAGAAGCGACGCCUGCACCAGCACCAAAUCCCAAAGCGAAUGGUGCGCAAGCAUACAAUAGGCAAGGGAACACAUGGCCAAGUGUUGGAGUCGCCAUUGCCAUUUUGUUAUCUGUCAUCACAUGACACUUUCAAAGUUUCAUAUGAAGAACAUGGAUUGAUGGUGUGGUUUGCAGAACAUAUAGAAUCAGUUAAAUGUAUGAAACUGAAUAAAGAAUUAUUAUACCCGUUUUUUUUUUACAUUGUUCUUUCUGUGUUUAAAGGUAUUCUUUGCUAAGAUGCAUAAAUAUAUGCUCUUUAUCGUUUUGUACUAU